AUGGCGGCACCAAAUGACUUAAUCGACUUCGACAUUAUCGAAGCCCAGAAAGAAAACGUCCAAUCACUCCCCGGUGGUAGAUCAGCUCGAGAGCUCGCUCGGAUUUUCUCAGGCGGUAGCAAUACCAGCGACAAAUACGCGACACCAACACCAAACGACACAAGGACGUUGAAUGAUGCCAUCCGUGAAGAAUACGAAAGCGAAUUACAAGUGAUAGGAGAAUCAGACGAUCCCCUCGACGUCUAUGACCGUUAUGUCAAAUGGACCCUGAACGCCUACCCCUCCGCCCAAGCGACCGCCGAGUCCGGUCUACUUCCAUUACUUGAACGCGCGACGAAAUCCUUCCUCUCAUCAGGGGACUACAAGAACGACCCACGAUACUUACGCCUAUGGCUACACUACAUCAGGCUGUUCUCUGAUGCUCCAAGGGAGACAUUCGCAUUCCUCUCCCGCCAUCAUGUUGGUGAAGGCCUGGCCCUUUUUUACGAAGAAUUUGCCGCAUGGUUAGAAGGUGCGGGGCGUUGGAACCAGGCCGAGGAAGUCUACAGGCUUGGUAUGGACCGUGAGGCUCGACCGAUUGAGCGGUUGGUGCGAAAAUACAGCGAAUUCCAGCAACGAUACGAGAUGCAGUCACAGGAUACAGGGCCAUCGUCGCCAGCUUUACCCAAAGUCCGAACUGCGCUAGCAGCGAAAAUGGACCCUUUCGCGCCAGCCGAUGGCUCUCCAGACCCCCAGGCCGCACGCCCCUCUCCUUCAGCCACCAGCGCCCCGAAAACAAAGUCUGGAAAGCCAAAGAUGGCCAUUUUCUCGGAUGCCGGUGCUGUUAACGACCCACCACCGGCCACCAGCAGCGGACAUACGAAGGGAUGGGAAAGCAUUGGAUCAAUGGGGGAACGAAAGAAGGAAAACCGGGUGGAAGCCAAGCCGUGGGCGGGUGAAACUUUGAAGGCGGGGAAGAAGGCAGCGCCAACACAGAAGAUGGCCAUCUUCCGAGACGAGUCAAAUUCAAAUCAACAUCAAAAAACUCAGGAAUAUAAUGUUCCCAAGCAAAUUCCGGAACAUCAUGUAAGGGAAGCGGUAAACCCACGAACAGGUCGUCGCGAGCGUGUUUUUGUCGACUUGGAGGCAGUGUAUCCCGACCGUCAGAACCCUGCACAUGAGAUUAGCUUCGAGGAGCUUCGAGCCAUGAAACGGGGGUGGACGAAUAAAAAUUGGCGAGCUCACAAAGAACCACUUCAACAAAUUUCCGGAAAUAUUGGCGGGUUUGACUCUCCAGUCGCAAAGCCCAAAGCAUCCAGUCCCGAUGAGGAUCUAACAGAGUCGGAGUCGAAAGCAGGAAUUCAAGAGCAGCAUGGAUCAUUCGAGGGCAAAUCUGGCAAAGAACGACGUUCCAAGGCCAAAGGAGACACCCAGACUCAGACCGUCAAAAUGAAGUUCGACUCGCCCACAAACUCCAAGGUCCGACGAAAAAGCACCAGGGAGCCAACAAUGACCAUGCACACCCGUGCCGCCACCGAUGAGAUUUACGACCUGUUUAACCAGCCAUUGAAGGUAGAGGCAGAGGAGGAUCCAGAGGACAGUGUUUUCGGCAGCGACUAUGACGAUGACGAUAUCGUGAGCAACGCGGAUAGUACAGCCACCGGACAUAUGUCGGCCGCCUCCAGUGAUUUUGGCAACGAGGAAACACAAACCUUCCACAAGUCAUACGAUGAUACCGAAUAUGCAGACACCACAAGAGCCGAGAGCGUUGGCGAUGGUGAUUGGACCGAGUUCAGCGUUAGCAAGGAUAUUCCCGAACAUGAAUCUGAUGAUAUCACUUCUCGAUCAGUUCUAAGUGAAGGAGCGGCGGAUGAGUCCAACUUGGGAACUCCAGAGAGAGACCAUUUUGUUCCCCGAAUGCCCGAUGACUAUGCUGCUCCAUAUGGCACGUAUAGGGACCCUGCCAUUAUGGCGCAGAAUCGUCUGCCCUUCAUGACGCCUAUUGUGGAGCGAACAGAGUGCUCCAUACCCUCACAGACGGCUGCUCGGGCGGCUUUGUACAAUGCCAAGACACCCUCAAAGCCUCGAUCACCAGCCGGCAUGCCGCAGAUGGGUGAUUUACUGCUUUCUAGCCCAGUAGGAGCAGCGACACCAUACCAAGGAGACCACACCUUUACUUCAGCAGCAGAUGUUCCGUUCAGCCCAACUGCUUUUAAGACACUUGCCCCCAAAUCCCGUCGACGGGGAGAAGCUGUCAUCAAGGAUGCUCAGUGCAAUCCUACGGAUAAGGGUAUUCGAAACACUAUUUUGAACUCCCUGGAACCGCCCCUGGCGGCCUACGCCGGAUACCAUGGUCACGUCAAGGACAGCAACUACACCUCUAUGAUCCAAAAGUUCGUCAAGACACAUAUCAGACAAUCUAAGGGUGGUGGUGAAGAUUUUGAUACUCCGAUUCUUGAGUUCCCCGGAGCCGAGCGAAGCUAUAUCGUUCGACGUGAGCUUGGUGCCGGUGCCUACGCUCCAGUUUAUCUAGUUGAGAGUGUGGACAGCCUCAACUCUUACGACGCUGACUCGGAUGAUGAGAAUCUAACGGCUGGCAGCCGGGAUUCCCGUUCAAAGACUGUCAGCCCUUACCAGACUCCCCGGUAUUCGUUUGAGGCAAUAAAGGUUGAAAAUGGGCCGUCCAGUGCCUGGGAAUUUUAUAUGAUCAGAAUUGCGAAUGACCGCCUGCAACAUUCCGCUGAGCAUUCGCGAGCUGCAGAGAGCAUCGUCCGGGCGCAUGAACUGCACGUACACCAGCGCGAAAGUUUCCUUGUGGAAGACUACCGAGGCCAAGGCACACUACUUGACCUGGUCAAUAUCCUUCGCAAUGACCCCAUCACUUCUAAUCACCACAGUGAGGGCGGACUUGAGGAAUCUCUCGCCAUGUUCUUCUCUGUAGAGCUCUUGCGUACCGUGGAAGGUCUCCAUGCGCAUGGAAUUCUUCACGGUGAUAUCAAAGCUGACAACUGCCUUGUUCGUCUUGACGAUUCCGACGCUGAAAAUUCUCCUGCUACCGCCAUGUCCCUCCUCGACCUGAACGAGAAUCCUUCUCAAAUGCGUGAUAGUAUCUACUACUCACCAAAUGGCCACUAUGGUUGGCGUGGCAAGGGCCUAGACUUGAUAGACUUUGGUCGAGGCAUUGACAUGCACGCCUUCCAACCUUCUGUGCAGUUCGUUGCGGACUGGAAGGUGGCCACGCACGAGUGCAAUGAGAUUCGUGAAUCGCGUCCCUGGACCCAUCAGAUCGAUCUAUAUGGUAUUGCCGGCACAAUUCACGUCCUGCUCUUUGGGAAGCACAUCGAAUCUAUGCCUGCCCGCACCAGCACCGGUGGUGCCUCCAACUCUCACACUUAUCGGAUUCGUGAGUCAUUGAAGAGAUACUGGGACCGCGAAUUGUGGGCUGAGGUGUUUGAUCUACUCUUAAAUCCUGGCGCUGAGCAUUGGACACAACUUGAGCUUGAAAGCGGUAGUGAUGUUACUUCAUCGCCCAUCCUCCCCGUGCUUCAUUCCAUGCGUCAUGUGCGUCGCAACAUGGAAGACUGGCUCGUUGCGAAUGCUGAGAAGAAGGGUCUUUCUCUGCAGCUUCGUAAAAUUGAGGCCUUAUUGGCCGAGCGAAAGAAGAAGCUUGAACGAUCUUGA